GGGCCACAGAACCGUUACUUAGGGCCACAGAAUUUUACUCAGGGACAGACAGAAUCGUUACUUAGGGACACAGAAUCGUUACUUAGGGACACAGAAUCGUUACUCAGGGACACAGAAUUGUUACUCAGGGACACAGAAUUGUUACUCAGGGACAGACACAGAAUUGUUACUGAGGGACACAGAAUUGUUACUCAGGGACACAGAAUUGUUACUGAGGGACACAGAAUCGUUACUCAGGGACACAGAAUUGUUACUCAGGGACACAGAAUUGUUACUCAGGGACAGACACAGAAUUGUUACUGAGGGA